AGUUCUACGAACAAUGAAGCAUUUUUUUCCCUUGGUGCUCUUGGUUUUCUUGGGAACCGAAGCUACUGAGAGUGAACUUCCAUCGGAAAACUCGUCGAAAGGUUUUUCAGCAAAGCGCUCUCUCCCAAACCGACAGCUCUUGGUGGGCUAUUGGGGACAAAAUGCAAUCGGUACAAAAGUCAGCAGACCGUACUGGGAGAAAGACCUGCGCUACUUCUGCAAUCAACACAAGUUUGAUAUUUAUUUGGUUGCAUUUGUGCACCGGCUCUUUAGGGAUAACAGAAAUAGAGAUGGUUAUCCUGGGAUGAACUUCGCCCAUCACUGCAGUUAUGCCCCAGACUCCCAAAACCCUGACCUUUUCGAGUGCGCUACUAUCGGGGGCGGAAUCAGAGAUUGUCAGAAGCUAGGUAGGAAAAUGCUGAUAUCCCUUGGCGGGGAUACUUGUGACGGCAGCUUGGGGACUACUGAAAACGCCAAGAAACUUGCGUACUAUAUAUGGAAUCUGUUCCUGGGAGGCAAGGAUAUGGAGGACAAAAGGCCAUUUUUGUGGACCGUGAUGGAUGGUGUUGAUCUUGAUAUCGAGAUAGGAAGCCAUAGAUACUAUCCUGACUUUGUGCGUGAGAUGCGCCGUCUUAUGAACACAGAUCCCAGUAAACAGUAUCUAAUAACCGCGGCACCGCAGUGUCCAUUUCCUGAUAAGUGGAUGGGACCUCAAAUACAAGGAUCUGCACUGGAACAUUAUGGCCAAGAAUUUGACUACUUAUUCAUACAGUUCUACAACAAUUACUGCUACCCUGGAGACCAUUACUUUUUACCUGUAAUUGACACUUGGUUACAAUGGGCGCGAAGUGUUCCUAAUGGUCCGCUAAUUGUUCUUGGCCUGCCGGCUGGACCGCAAGCCGCUGGCAAACCACAUUACUAUUUCCCACCUGAUAAACUGGCUCACGUGUACAAGGUUGGGUGGACCUCUAACAAUCACGGAGGUGGAUAUGUGAGACUCGCCUUGGUUCCUGAGAGUCAGAAGGAUAGUCAUGAAGCUUACCUGAACAACGUACUGAAAGUUGUGUGUUAUGGACAUGAUCAGAGGCCAGGCAUGUUCCGCUUUGGUGACUGCAAGCAUCCAUGCAAUGCAAGGCCAGGAUGUCAGUACCAAUCAGACGUACUCGACAAUGAGCGAUACGAUACAACCAUUACCAUUCCCUUCAACCUUGCUGAUGGCAUCUACAUUCUACAAUACAAAGCUGCUAUAGGCAUCGAGCUAAAGCCCUACUACAACUGUGCGAAGCUUCGUGUCACAGGUGGUGAUCCCAGUCUGGAUUGUACCACAGAUAAGGCUCCACCUGUUGGACCAUGUAGACUGGGUCCACCAGGAGCUGGCCUCCCUCUUUCGAACCUCACCAAAGAUGCAAAACUUGGAGACUUCUGUUUCCAUCCAGAUAAGGUCGGUGCAAUUGAUGACCGUAUAAGGGAAGUGCCAAUCAACGUAGAUUGUGAUCCCAGGAUCACUUGUCAGGUGUCUGUGUCUCCAGCUGUUUGCAAGCACGAACUUGGCAUGGACAAAAUUGCUGAUGCUUGGGAUCCCAAGCAGCCCAACUGUGGUGUAGUCAAACCGCCCCCUCCACCUACUUGUGACGACGGGGUACAAAACCAGGGAGAACAUGCAAUCGAUUGCGGCGGUCCGAAUUGUAAAGCCUGUCCAGAUGUCGCUGAUACCGGUUACGAGGAGUACAUCGAACAUAUAAUCGACAAUGAAUGGUGCUCGGGAUACGUAGUCACAGUCCUCGCGAAGAUUAAGAGGUUUAUGAAUGGAAACUGGCAGGUGACGAUCUUCUACGAUUACCCACUGGAGAUUGUGUCGCACUGGAACGCCGUGCUCGUCUCCCACAACAAAUUUAAGACAAUCUACUCGUUUCAAGGAUUUGCGUGGAACCAGUAUCUGCAGAACGGAGAUUUUAUUGAGUUCGCUUUCGAAGGACAUUUUACUGAGCAGAGGUCAACACCAAAAACUCUCCUACUGGAAUGCUACCAGUGCCAGUCUUCCCCAAGUAGCCUAAGGGCAUUCGCAUUGAAACCGAAGACUUGCGAGUCCUUGGAUUGCCCCUCAGGUUUCCAAUGUGAGGAAAGGCGAAAAUCUCCAUGCACGGAAUAUCCGUGCACCCAAGCACGCUGUAUUCCUUCUUCAUUGAAGUGUAUGUCACUUAUUCAUAUUUGA